AUGUUUCGAAGUUCAAUUCGCAGUCAAUUGACCUCAAAUUCAAUUCGUCGACGAUGUUUCACAACUACCAUUUCACGACAAGCGGAUUUUACACAUGCUGUCAUCGGUGGAGGUGCAGUAGGUCUUGCAAUUGCUAGACAGUUGGCAGGUAGAGAUGGAACAAGCACAUUACUCCUCGAGCGCAAUAGUGCUGUGGGAAUGGAAACCAGUUCGAGGAAUUCUGAAGUUAUCCAUGCUGGUCUCUAUUAUGGCGCCAAUUCCCUAAAAACCAAUCUCUGCAUCCAAGGUCGCCAAAUGCUCUAUGCCCUUUGUGCCAAAUAUGACAUCCCUCAUAAAAAUAUGGGAAAAUGGAUUGUCGCCCAAACAGACCAGCAAUACGAAGAAUUAAUCAAAGUUCACAACUUCACCAAAACUCUCGAAGAUGUCCCUACCCAUUUUAUCCCUUUGGAACAAGCUGCUAAGCAAGAACCUUAUGUGCGAGCUCGAAAGGGGAUUCUCGAAAGUCCUACUACUGGAAUCGUGGAUUCUCAUUCUUAUAUGCAGUUUCUACAUGGAAAUUUUACGGAGAAAGGAGGGGAUGCCGCGUUAAAUAGUAAUGUGAUUGCCAUCACACCUUUAGGUGAUAAGGGAAGUUCGGGGUGGGAAAUUCUGGUAAGAGAUAAAGCCAGCGGGGAAGAAAAUACAUUUACAUCCGAGACGAUAAUUAAUUCCGCCGGCCUGGGAGCCUGCGAUAUUCACAAUAUGAUCGUACCCCAAGAACAACAUCUGAAACAAUACUACGCUAAAGGGAAUUAUUUUUCCUAUUCUCCAAGCGUCCCAAUGACCAAACAUCUCAUAUAUCCGGCGCCAGAACCGGGGCUGGGUGGUCUGGGUACGCAUCUCACGCUCGAUAUCGCGGGACGUAUUCGUUUCGGUCCAGAUGUAGAGUGGGUUGACGAUCCGCACGAUUUGAAGGUUAAUAGCUCGCGUUUACCAGAGGCCAUCGAACAGAUUAGGAAGUUUCUCCCAGAUGUCAAGGUUGAGGGGAUCCAGCCGGAUUAUGCGGGGAUAAGGCCGAAGUUGGGGAGGUUGAGUGCGGUGGGGAGUGGGAGGGGGUUUCAGGAUUUCGUUAUUAGAGAUAUGGGUGAGGAGGGUUAUAGGGGGUGGGUUGAUUUGUUGGGCAUUGAAAGUCCUGGGUUGACGAGUAGUUUGGCGAUUGCGGGGUUGGUGGGGAGGGUGUUGUAUUAG